AUGGAUCAUGAGGGGGAUGAUCUGCGGGAUCUGUCGUAUCUGGCCAACGCGGAUGUAAAGCUGGGUCUGAACGAGCGGGACAGCAGAGUAAUCAAGCAGAAGCCAGAUACGAGAGAGUCAUUAGCAGAGUCUUUCGCCGAAUCCGCAGUACUACCUCGGGAAUCCGCAUAUGGACCUCCACCGCCAGUACCGGCAAAAGACAGUAUCUAUAUCAAGCGCAAAAUGGACUUCGGCCACAUCGGCGGCCAUACCGAUAGGGAUCACUGCUUCAACAUUAAAUAUAUUUCCGACGAAACCGAAAGACACAACGCCUACGCCUCACCCUUUAGGAAUGUCGCCGCCAGAAUUGACCAGACCGGCUUCACCACAAGUUUCGAUUCCAGCGCCGACGAGGCCGGCAAGGCCAUCCUCGCUACGUCUGUCCUCCUUGACACGGGAUGGGCCGCUUACGACGGACAGGGUGGUCAUCGUCGACUCGAGCAGGCCGUCUACCGCAAGGUCCAAUCGGUCUCAGCUCAAGACCUCAUAUACGACGUACAGUACCUCGACAACAGGAAAGGGUGUGAUGACCCUGACGAUCCCCUGAAAGAGCUCAACCUGUAUGCUCUGCUGACGACUGUGGCCAUUUGCAACGUCAUGAAGACAGCAUUGAUCAGCGUGAACGAGGAUUUGGCGCGACAGUACUCUGUUUCUUACACAGCUGUGGCAGCACUUACAGGCGUGCCACUCAUGCUCUCGGCCAUUACGGGACUGGCGAGCUCCAUUGCCGCCAGAAUAUGGGGAAGGAGACCAGUUAUUUUGGCAUCUAUGGUCGUAUUAUUCAUCGGUUUGGUGUGGAACACCAGGGUGACCACAAGUUACGGACAAUUUAUGGCAGCUAGGAUCUUUCAGGGUUUCGGCUGGGGCGCCUUCGAUACUUUGGUGGUUGGGUCAAUCAUCGACACCUACUUUGAACAUGAACGCUCCACCAAACUUGCCACUCAUCGUAUCGUCUCAGUGGCGACCCUCUGGGGCCCACCUCUAAUUGGAGGAGUCACCUCCCAGACCAAAGCCGGCUUCAGCCUGCAGUUCGAAAUUCUCGCCGUCUUCCAGAUCGUCUCAAUCCCCUUGCUUGUGCUGGGCGCUCCCGAGACCAUGUUCGACCGCACAAACGCGAUGCUCAGGACGCCCACGACGGGAUGGUCUACCGCUGCGGGGAGCAAGUUCCCUCUAUGGGCGAGGAGGAGAUUCAGCAAGCAGACAGUCAUCAAUUAUGUCAAGACGGUCGCCAGGCCCGUGUCGUACCACGGGCCCUCGGAGGGUGUCAUCAGCAGGGACGUUCUCCUCCAAGCGCCCCGCGCGAUGGCCGCACCGACGACCGUCCUCGCCUUCAUGGCCUCAUUCCUGCCCUACGCCCUACUUUGGGGCUUCUCUGCCUCCCUUUCGGGCCUAUUCGUGCCCGCGCCCGCCUCGCUUUCCCCAGCGACCAUCGGGCCCCUCCUUGCAUUUCCUUUCACUCUCUCCACAACCGCCGUCGCGGUUUUCGGGCUGUGGCCGUCAUGGUCUAACACGAUGACGGCCUUCAAGACCCGAUCAACUCAUAUCUAUGUCCUCGGCGCCGGUUCGGCGCUAUCCUUUAUCGGGAUUCUAGGCUUCGGCCUCUACGUUUCUAAUAAUAAUGCUUCUACCCUCCGCUUCUCAGCGGUCAGUUUUCUCCUGGGCCUCCUUGCAGCGGGGGCCUACAUCCUCGAUGCGCCAGCGAAGCCCCUUCUCAAGCGCUCCGCUCAGUUCACCUCGCCGAACCUGGCCAUCUCGUUGCGCAGCAUCGCGGAUAUGGACGCCGGGCUGACUGUCUGGCGGGCCCUAUUCGCGGGCAUCUUCGCCAUGGCGAUUCCCUCCGCCAUUGUGGGGCCAUCCUCCGCCGCCGGGCUGAAGGGCACCGGGAUCGGCGUCUCUGUGGUGCAAGUCCUCGUGGCAGCCGCUCUGGCUGCUGUGUGGUGGAUGUAUGAGGAGAAUAUUCGCAAGUUGGACGGGAGGACGAUGGCAUGCAGGGUUGACUUAACCUUUUUGAACAACCGGGCGAGCAUGCAGGGGAGCUUUUUCGAGACGGAGGACUGA